AUGGCUGGACGUGAACAGGUCAUUAAGCCUAGGGUUGUCAAAAUAGACUCAGAGAAAUCAUGGGAUUUCUACAUCACUCAAGCUACCAAUAAAAACUGCCCUGUUGUGGUGCACUUCACAGCUUCUUGGUGCAUACCUUCAGUAGCCAUGAAUCCUUUCUUUGAGGAAGUAGCCUCGAGCUAUAAAGAUAUUCUGUUUCUCUCUGUGGAUGUUGAUGAAGUUAAGGGGGUAGCUACCAAGAUGGAGGUAAAGGCCAUGCCCACAUUUUUAUUGAUGAGGGAAGGGGCUAAGGUUGAUAAGGCAGUGGGUGCCAAUCCAGAUGAGGUAAGGAAAAGAAUUGGUGAUUUUGUUCACAAUAUUCCUGGAUAUAAAGCAAUUUAG